CCUCUUUUCCUCUCUUCCUCUCACUCGUCUCUUUCUCUCUCACACACACACGCAUAUAUAUAUACAUACGUUCUCGUAUUCUUUCUCCUUUUACUUUCUUUUUUUCUGCAACAAUAUCAUGGUUUUAGGUUUUUCCAAUAAAUCAUCAAAGGACCAACCAGUUCAAAAUGGCGAAGUAGCACCUACUCCUAAUGACGUAGAUAGUUUAUCCGUACAACAUGUGGAGUCUAGUUCGAAAGGUCAAUUCAAGGAAUUCAUCAAAACUGUGAUAAGUUUUACUGGGGAUCUAUCAUCUUUGACUUGUCCUGCCUUUUUCUUAAAUGGUCUUUCUUUGUUGGAAUACGGUACAUACUGGGGGGAUCAUCCAAGUUGUUUUACAGCCAUUAGUCAGUCUGCCGAUCCACAAGAACGUAUGUUAGCUGUUGUACGAUGGUUUAUGUCCACACUCUGGGGAAGUUAUGCAUCUCGAUGUACUAAUGGUCUUAAUGAAAAGAAACCUUACAAUCCUAUUUUGGGAGAGCAAUUCAAGUGUACUUUGGGAAAUGUCAAAUGUAUUUGUGAACAAGUAUGUCAUCAUCCUCCUAUUUCGGCUUUUUAUCUUGAAGAUGAAAAAGCAGGUGUUUCUUUGAAUGGUCACAGUUGUCAAAAGUCGAAAUUCAAGGGAACAUCCAUCAAAGUAGAUCAAGUUGGUCGUGCUGUACUAUUUGUCAAACCAUGGAAUGAACAAUAUAUUAUCAAUUUUCCUCAUUUGUUGAUUCGAGGUUUUUUGACAGGUGCAGCUUAUAUUGAAUUGGGUGGAACAAGUUCAAUCAUUAGUAGCAAUGGUGUUCAAGCUAGCAUGGAAUUUGUGCCUAAACCAUGGUUUGGUGGUGAAUACAAUCAUUUCAAAGGAUCCAUUCAACAAUCUGGUACUGAAAUCUAUACAUUGUCAGGACGAUGGAGUCAUCAAUCUUUUUACACUAAGAAGGGAUCCACCAACAAAGAACUUUUAUUUGAUGCUGAAAGUGAACCUAUGGCUGAACGUGUGACUCCUCCUAUUGAAGAACAACAAGAAAUCGAAUCUCAUCGUUUGUGGGGCAAGGUGACUGAAGCUUUGAAGAUCAAGGAUUAUACAACUGCCAAUGCUGAGAAAUCAAAGAUAGAAGAUAGACAACGUGCCAUACGCAAGGAACGAUCGGAAAAGAAUGAAACUUGGACACCUCAAUUAUUUGUUUUUGAUAAUGAUGCAAACGCUACCACCAAUUAUGCUAAAACAAAUGUCUCUCUAUCUAAAAAGAUCCCUGGCAAACCUCUUAUCGACGAAGGUGCAUGGACUUACAAGGAUUCCCUUCAUGAUCGUCAACAAUAGGUUUUAGUUUUUUAUUAUUUUUUUUUAUUAUUACUACUAUUAUUAUUAUUUACUUUAUUAUUUUUAGAAACUCUUUUUUUUCAUAAUACGUUUUUCUAUAUACUUCUCUUUAUCCCUUAGUUCCUCAUCACCCCCACUUUUGUUUACUACAACUUACGAUUACUUUUGAUGUAUAUUGUUUUAUUAUUUCUCUUUUUACAAUUGAUUGUUAUUUCCCUCUCGUUUUUACUCUUAUUAUAAUAAAGACACUAC